AUGAGGAGGAGCACGGCACUCCCGCCAACAGCAGCACCAGCCACGCGAAAAACAGCUGAAGGCGAGCCAUGUGCUGCUGAAGGCGAGCCAUGUGCUGCUGUUCGCGUUGCCGGUGCUGCUGUUGGCUGGAGUGCCAUGCUCCUCCUCAUGCCUGGUGCACAAAUCCUCUCCCAGCUAUUUGAUGCAGCCACAGCAGCAGACGACCUCACAGACGAGCAGAAGGCCAUGACCAUACAAAUUCCCCCAACCCGUAUCUUACUGCCCACCUUUCCCUCUCAGCUAUUUGAUGCAGCCACGGCAGCAGACGACCUCACAGACGAGCAGAAGGUCACGCCCACACAUUUGGCUUCUUACUCCCCCCUUCGUUUACCGCCCACCUUUCCUUCGCUGCACCCUCAGCUAUUUGAUGCAGCCACGGCAGCAGACGACCUCACAGACGAGCAGAAGGCGCGCAUCUGUGCCACCAUUGCCGCCGCUGACAAGAAUCUAGUGGAUGGGGCGGACGAGUGGCUUCAGCUGCUGGAUGUUGCCAGCAGCACCAUGCGGGCCGUGCACAACCUGCCACUCUCAGCUUCCUUUGCCACUUGA